GCCAACAUUUGAUCAUUCGUUCGUCGCAGUUCCACACACAUUUUCCCAUUAUCCAAAAAAUUUACGCAGUACUUCCCCUUACAAAGUUGCACAUACGAACAAAGGGGAGAAGGCUAUUACGGAAAAUAAUGCGUUCCCUGUGGGUCUUAAAAAGGGAGGUAGUGAGCGGCUGGCGUGUCCCUAUGAGCACAAAAGAAAGGGAACCAUAGUUCAAGUUGCUUCAAAAUAUAAAAAAUAAAUGGAAGCCGCUUUAUCGAAUGGCGAACAUAUCCAGUUGGUGAAGGUUUAUCUGGUCAGUGUAUUACGUGGAAGGGUGGUGUGCACAUAAGUUAGGUUACACACAAAGAUGUAAACGUGCAGACGUUACCCUACGAACGCGCCCUCUUACACAUACGCUGCGCCCCAGGUGACGACAGAUCUUUUAGUAAAACACAAAGAAUAUGAAAAAAUGUGACAUUUUUUUCUUAUAUUUAAUUUUUUUCGUUCUAACCACCAUCAAAUGUUGCCAACCGUUUAUAAUUCCAAACAACACAAAAAUGGUAAACGGUCCUCUUUUGAAGAACUGCUGCAGGAGCAACCGAAUUGUAACAAUUUUUGGGAAAAAAAAAAAGAACAGGAAAGUUGUUGUCAUAGAAUGCACGGAAGCAAGGAAAUACGGGAAGCAGCCGUCAAGAUAUGUGACAGAGAAAAAUAAAGUAAACACACCGAAGAAGUUGCAGUUGUACAAGUAUAAUAAAUAUCUUAAAAGAAGAACAUUACACGUAGAAAUUAAGUAAUUACGUGUUAGAAGAAACCUUCUUUUGUUUUUCUACCCCCACACCCGUUAGCGCAUAAUAUACGUGUUCCUUUUUUUUCUUCUUCUUCUUCUUCUUUUUAACGAUUUGUCAUUUCAUUUUUCCUCUACGGAAACUCCCUGCAUUGUUUAUACUAACGUAAUAAUUUAAAAACAUAAACUUAUUUUAAGAA